CCCGGGCGAGCGAGGCUGCAGAGACCCCGCGGCGGAGCUCAGAAAGCGACCCCACCCAUCCGGUUCCCUAAACGUGGAGCUCGGCGGUCCGCCUUGGGAACUACAAUUCCCAGGAAGCCAGGAGGCAGCGGCGUAGGCGUCGGCGACGCCAACGUCCACGGCGGCGGGAGCGUCGGGGGCGUGUCCUGCGCGCCGAUUGGUCGGGAGCGAGCGCCGCUGCGGGGCCCGCGGAAAACGCGCGCCGAGACCUGCCCCUGCGGAGCUGGUUGCUGCGGCUGGUGGCGGCGGCCGAGGCGGCAUGGAUCUCAGCGAGCUGGAGAGAGACAAUACGGGCCGCUGUCGCCUGAGCUCGCCUGUGCCCGCGGUGUGCCGCAAGGAGCCCUGCGCCCUGGGCGUCGAUGAAGCGGGCCGGGGCCCGGUGCUGGGCCCCAUGGUCUACGCCAUCUGUUAUUGCCCCCUGUCCCGCCUGGCAGAUCUGGAGGCCCUGAAAGUGGCAGACUCAAAGACCCUGUCGGAGAGCGAGCGGGACAGGCUCUUCGCGAAAAUGAAGGAGGACAGGGACUUUGUGGGCUGGGCACUGGACGUGCUGUCUCCAAACCUCAUCUCUACCAGCAUGCUUGGGCGGGUCAAAUACAAUCUGAACUCUCUGUCCCAUGAUACAGCCGCCGGGCUGGUGCAGUAUGCUUUGGACCAGGGCGUGCAGGUCGCCCAGGUAUUUGUGGACACCGUGGGGAUGCCAGACACGUACCAGCAGCGGCUGCAGCAGCGCUUUCCCGGCGUUGAGGUGACGGUCAAGGCCAAGGCCGACGCCCUCUACCCCGUGGUCAGCGCUGCCAGCAUCUGUGCCAAGGUGGCCCGAGACCAGGCCGUGAGGAACUGGCAGUUUGUGGAGAAACUGCAGGACUUGGACGCCGAUUAUGGCUCGGGCUACCCCAACGAUCCCAAGACGAAAGCAUGGCUGAGGAGGCACGUGGAGCCCGUGUUCGGCUUCCCACAGUUUGUCCGCUUCAGUUGGCGCACGGCCCAGAGCAUCCUGGAGAAGGAGGCGGAGGAUGUUACGUGGGAGGACUCGGGGACGGAGGAUCAGGAGGGCCUCGGGAGGAUCACGUCCUACUUCAACGAAGGCCCCCGAACCCGCCCCCGCCUCCCCCACAGGUACUUCCAGGAGCGCAGCCUGGAGGCAGCCACUUCCCUCUAGGAGCCAGCGUGUCUGUACCCCCUUUACCUGCCCCCCCAGUUUGUGAUUAAAAUUGUUUAAGGAAA